AUGCCUUUGCCGAGUAGUAGGAGGUCCAUUGUUCCAUAUCUCGUGCUUGUGUUGUUGGAUUGUUUCUGGGAAGCGGCGUCUGGGCAGUUGUCCUACUCUGUCUCCGAGGAGGUAAACCCGGGGACUAAUGUCGGAAAUAUCGCCAAGGAUCUAAACCUCAAUGUGGAGGAUUUGGAGACCCGUUUGUUUCAGAUUGUUGCGGGAUCAAAGAGGAAAUUCUUCGAGGUAAAUCUAAAGACCGGAUAUCUGUAUGUUAAUGAAAGGAUAGACCGAGAGGAGCUAUGUGCAGAUGAAUCCAAGUGUACUGUCAGCGUAGAAGCUGUGAUAAACAACCCAUUAAAGCUUUACCGCGUAGAAAUAGAAAUUAGAGAUGUGAAUGACCAUUCGCCGUCUUUUGACACAAAAUCGCAAACGCUGGACAUUGCAGAGAACACGUUGCCAGGAUUUAGAUUCGCGUUGUCGGAGGCAAGCGAUGCUGAUGUGGGUAAGAAUAGCGUUAGUGCGUAUAAGCUCAGUCCAAACGAAUACUUCACUCUUGCAACACAGACAAGAGGAGAGAGUAUAUCUCCAGAGUUAGUGUUGCAGAAAGCCCUAGACCGCGAGAACAAGUCUAAUAUGCAGCUCACGUUAACUGCAGUAGACGGAGGAACUCCAUUAAAUUCAGGCAUAUCAGAAAUAGAAAUACAUGUACUAGAUAGUAAUGACAAUGCACCAGUGUUCAGAAGUACACUUUACAAAAUUAGAGUGUUAGAAAAUAUCCCCAUUGGUACUGCAGUUUUCACCUUAAAUGCGACCGACGCUGAUGAAGGAACAAACAGUGAAAUAAUAUAUUCUCUUCGUGGCAAAGAUCAGGACCCUGUUCUAGAUAUUUUCAAAAUCGACCCUCACACGGGGAUUAUUUCAGUGAAAGGUCAUAUCGACUUUGAGGAAAAGAAAGCUUUUGAGAUCCGAGCAGAGGCCAGGGACAAAGGCCAGCCUCCUAUGUCUGCUCAUAGUAAAGUGCUGGUUGAAGUAAUUGAUGUAAAUGACAACGCACCUGAAAUCACGGUGACGUCACUGCUCAGCAAAGUGAAUGAGGACGCUGGUUUAGGUACAGCUAUUGCACUUGUAUCCGUUCUUGAUAGAGACAGUGGAAAAAAUGGAGAAGUGAAAUGUGAGAUCUUAAAUAAUGUUCCGUUCAAACUGGAGUCAAAUUACAAAAACUACUUUUCUUUAGUGGUUGACGGACAUCUAGACAGAGAAAUAACUCCCCAGUACAAUUUGACAAUUUUAGCUACAGAUGAAGGCACUCCGCCUCUUUCUAACACCAGUGUAAUUACUGUUCACGUUUCUGAUGUUAAUGAUAAUGCUCCACAUUUCCCAGAUCGUGAGAUAAAUGUUUAUGUGAAGGAAAACAGCAAAGUAGGAACGGUUAUUAAAACCGUGACUGCAACUGAUGCUGACGUCAGCAACAAUGGUCAGGUGACCUACUCACUUUCAGACAUUGGUAGUAAAUCACUGUCCUUCCCCACCAUGGUACAAAUAAACUCAGAGACAGGUGAUAUAGUUAGUCUGCAGUCUUUUAACUUUGAGGAGUUAAAAACGUUUCAGUUUAAAGUUCAGGCCACAGACUCUGGUGUUCCUCCACUCAGCAGCAACGUGACUAUUAACGUUUUUAUUCUGGAUGAAAAUGACAAUAAUCCAGCUGUUCUGGCGCCCUAUUCUGAGCACGGCUCCGUUGACAGUGAGAGCAUCCCCUAUUCUGCUGAAGCGGGAUACUUUGUUGCAAAGAUCAGGGCUGUAGACGCAGACUCGGGAUACAAUGCGCUGCUUUCUUAUCACCUGUCUGAGCCCAAAGGAAACAACCUCUUCCGGAUCGGAACCAGCACCGGGGAGAUCAGGACUAAGAGGAGAAUGAGUGACAAUGACCUGAAAACUCACCCCUUGUUGGUGUUGGUUUCUGAUAAUGGAGAACCCUCCCUGUCAGCUACUGUGUCUAUUGAGGUAGUGGUGGUUGAAAGCACAGCUGACAUCCAGACUCAGUUCAGACAUGUUCCUGUGAAGGAGGACAGCUUCUCUGAUUUAAACCUGUAUCUACUGAUCGCCAUUGUGUCGGUGUCAGCGAUCUUUCUGCUGAGCCUCAUCAGUGUUAUAGCUAUCAAAUGUCACAGGACAGACGGCAGUUUCAGCAGGUACAGCGCCCCAAUGAUCACCACCCACCCUGACGGGAGCUGGUCUUACUCUAAAGCUACUCAGCAGUAUGACGUGUGUUUCAGCUCAGACACACUCAAGAGUGACAUGGUGGUUUUCCCCGCACCGUUUCCACCUGUAGAUGCAGAGCUGAUCAGUAUUAAUGGAGGAGACACUUUUACCAGGACUCAGACUUUACCUAAUAAAGAAAAGGUAAGCCAUGCCUGA